AUGGCGGAUCUACUAGCAGCCACCGCCGCGGCGGAUGUCACCACCCCCGGCCGCACCGAAAACCCUGUCACUGUCUCCCCGCCGACCCCGCCUCCGACAAGCUGCAUCGGAUCCGUGUGGCUUGGCGUCUACGACCGUGUGAGUCACACGCGCUUCCGCAUCCACGUCGAGGAUCCGAUCUUCAUAUGCAUCCUGAGCAAUACAGUUGUUCCGGUUGCCGAGUCUGACGGCUCCCUGCCCUUCGAGAUGCUAGAGUUUGUCGAAUAUCUCGAUGCGUACGAGCGCGAGCGACUCCGGCAAGCCUACGCAGCGCGACGCGGGGCGAACAGCGGCAGCUUUACAGCCAUCAACAGCGGCGUGAAUGCAGUGAGUAGCAGCGGCACCGCUGGUAGCGGAAGAUCUGGAGCGCAUGGCGACACGGCCGUCGCAGCGACGGCGGCAGGAUCAUGUGGAGCGGGAGGAGUAGGAUUAGGCUCCAGCGCCGUUCACAGCGGCGUCUCCGGUAUUCCCUCCAGCGGAGGCCUCAACAGUGGCGCGCCGGUGCCACGAAAGCUUGAGGAGACGCUGCGUGAGACGCUGAGCGAGAACUCGGACUUCUUUUUCCGUGUAUCGAGUGUGGCGUAUCACCUUGACCCAAACACACAAGGCGCCUCAGCGUGCACGGCCGCUUCGGCAGGGGCGGCCUCUGGCGUAAUCGGCAACGUCGGCGUCGGCACCCGCGUUCCCAGCAGAGGCGAAGGCCGCGCCUCUGCUGCAGCAGGUGGGGUGGCGUCUCUCUUCACAAACACUAUCGCCGCGGCCUCGGCGACAGGGCCGCCACCACGACGCAACUACUCCGUGCACAGCGGCUACAGCGCUGCGUUUCAUCUGUGCGGCCGGCUCUUCGCGGACGUGUACACGGACCACUGCCGCACAUUGGCGCAGAAGAUCGCGUGUGGGUUCUCUGCUCUGCACGUCGAGGACUGUGUGAAGUUCCGCAAGGCGGUGUGGUCCGGCUUCCAUCUGAAGGCGCUUGAGCCAUACCGCUCUGGUGCACGCUCCGAGUCAAACCUCGAACUGCGCUGGGUGAGCGAAAAGAUCAGGGAUGAUCAGCACCUUUUCCCCUCACGCAGUGUGGCUCCGCAGCAGCAGAGCUCGGAUGCGUCUCGACUCGUCGACGCCACGCUGUCCUACGUCGCCAACGCACGCCUUCGUGUGAGGCCCGGUAGCGGCAUUGGGGGUAUCGCCAGCGGGAGCACCGGAUCCAGUGGCACUGCAGGUGCAUCUGGAGGUGGCGCUGCGGGCAAGGGCAGUGGCGGAGCCGCAGCUCGUGCGGCUGUCGGCAGCGACGCAGAGGAGAACGAACUGAACACGUUCGGCCUCACAAAGAUGUUGCACAACCCAAGUUGGCAGAAAGAUGACGAGUCGUCUGACUCAUGCCCGAGCUGCGGGCGCGUCUUUGUCAGCCUCUCGCGCCCCCUCGGCACCCGCGCUCACCACUGCCGCAGCUGCGGUGUUCGCCUGUGUGUGUUCUGCAUCACCAAGCGGGCGCACUACUCCUUUGCGAAGCUGGCGAAACCCGGCAGCUCCGACGAGGCCGAGGAGCGCCUCGUCUGCGACACCUGCUAUCGAGAAUACGAAACCGUCAGCCAGCUGCACUACCUAGGCGCCCUCUUCGCGUUUGCUGGACUGGGGUUCAGCGACUUGGUGCUCUGCCGCACGGUGAAUGAGCAGUGGCGCGAGGCCGCAGAGCUGUGCAUCAGCGAGUAUCGGCUGCUUCUGCACAACUGUGACGCUGACCUGCACUCUGUUAAGACACCGGUCGGCAUUCUGCUCCAGAACAGCCUCUUUCUCCUGCUGGGCGACGGGCCGACGUCGUCUAUUCCGGUAGUGCACCACCCCGAGGCGGCCUUGCUGCUGCUGAAGUUCAUCGCGACGGAGAAUCUGUGGGUGCCGGAUGCCUCCUACUACUUCAUUUGGCGACUGAGCAGCUCAGUGCUGAAUCGCGCAGACACGGUUCUGACGACUCUGCCUAGUCUGUCGUCAUCAGUUGCGCCAGUCGUGGAGUCAAAGCACCGCUCAUUUCAGCUACCGGUGGUGCCCAAUUUCAGCCACUGGCACCUCUUCUGCACCGCCUUCUGCUCUAAGAUUGGCGCGAGCUACUUUUUUGUGAAGUGUGCGGAGCUAUUGUGUGCUGCACCGGCGAAGGUGUACGACGCCUACGUGGCCAGCGCUCUCGAGCGCAUGACGCGCGUGUACCUGAGCACGACGCCGCUGUGGAAGCGGUUGGCAGAGGCGAAUCAGGCUACUGUCGCUGUCUUCACUGCACGGACGUCGUCACCGCCGACGACGACACCGCUUCCCCUGCCGACGCUGUCCGACGUGACGGAGGGGCAGGUGGUCACAGUGUGGCUGCUGGACAUGCUGCACAAGGACGCACUGGUACCCACGCAGCGUCGCCGCUUUCAGCAGGUGCUCGAGCGUGUCAUUCCAGUCGUGGCAAACUCGAGCCUUUCCCUGGUGUUCAUCAUGCUCCUGUCGUUGCAGUCCACCUACUCGUACUACGGAUACGACGAGGACCUGUUCGGCCUGUGGCGGACGCGCAUUGUCGCGGAGGUAGGACGCAAGGACCCGGCGGCGCGCGACCGCGUCCUGGCGACGCUCGAUUUCUUUAACGAGCUCGACCGCUUCUGUGCGCAGUCGUCGGUCGUGAACCAGACGUCGGUGGUGGGCUGGAUCGUUGCGUACUGCCGACGCGGCGCACCAAAGGUGUCCGCAUCGGCCACUGGCGCCAAGGAGGAGGCGGUGGCGCCGUCGGCACGGCGAAUCUAUCAACAAUCCCACAUUGAUCUCCCACAUCCGAUCCUGAACCCAUUCAAGCCGUACAUCAUGCUCAAGUCGAUUCGCCUCUCUGGCAUCAAGGUGGCACCGAACGCGGCGAGCAAGCCCACGUGGCUGGCCUUCAGCACCUGGUCAGCCGCCGAACACCUUGCGCACGACGCCAUGAAUCCAGUCAACAACUUUGGUGCCCGCACUGCACUGACAGGGGUGUCACACGCGGAGAAAAGCGUCGAGGGGCGGGCGAAAGGCACCGAGGGAGGACCCAAGCCGUGCACUGCGCACAUUACGUCUGCAACUGUCACGAGCUCGGUGACCACAGUUCGCGGCGUUUCGCCAGCAUCGCGCUAUGACUCUUUGCCGCAGGAAUGCAUGUUCCUCUACAAGCGCGAGAACGUGGAGCGCGAUCAGCUCAUGUGUAUCUCGUCCCGUCUGCUGCAGAUGCUCCUAUCGAGCGAGAUAGGGAAUGCGGAGAUGCUAGACUACAGUGUGCUGCCGCUCUCAUGCGACUCGGGGCUUAUUGAAAAGGCGGAGGGGCGCGAGCUGUCAAACCUGGACAACAUGGACAUCACCAGCUAUGUGCUGUACCGCGGCACUCAGGGCUGCAUCAACUUCCUGGCCUCCGCAAAGCUGUUUCUUCUCUUGAACUACAUCUUCAGUAUCGGCGACCGGCACAAGGGCAACGUGUUGAUCGGCACGAACGGUGCGCUGCUCCACAUCGAUUUCCGCUUCAUUUUUUCGGAGAAAACAUUUGUGGAGAAACUGGCCCGCUCCACGGUGCGCAUCGACGAUGCCUUCCUGGCUGCCGUGGAGCAGUGUCAGCAGCGGCAGGGCUCGGCGAAGUGCGAGCCCUCUACAGUAGCCACUUCAUCACGCCCUCGAGGCUGUGCCUCGCUGCCCGGGGCAUCUGGUGGUGGCGGUUGUGUGUUGCCUGCGAACCCGGUCAGGGCACCAGAACCUUCCUCCGCCGAGAUUCGCGCAGCUUUCUUCAGCUCCGCCGCGGAGUGGUUCGUGCACGUGCGCCCCUUUGCUGCGGUCUUUUACGAACUCUGGCUCUAUGCCGUGCAUCGCCACACGGUCCCGUACAACGACGGCGAGAUGCUGAAUAUGCUCAACACGCUCUUUGACCGCCACGCGUCGCAAACCUCGAGCGCGUGCAAAUUUAGCACGACCAUGACGGAGUCUGUGAAUGUGUGUCGUCUCAAGGACGUGACGCACUCCAGCGCCGAGGUGCUGCGCACCUUCGCAGAUCAGGUGUCACGGAGAGUGUCGGAAAGCAGCGUGGACGCUGUGAAGAUGAUGGGGAGCAUGUGGAGUAGCUGGUGGUCGCGCGGACGGUGA